CUGGGCGCACCUGCUUUAUAUCCCUCUCAGUCACUGUCUAUCCAAGCAGUUUGCCCAGCAUGUCGAUAAUGGAAUAUAACGGUGGCUCCGUGAUCGCCAUGGUCGGGAAAGGAUGUGUUGCUAUUGGGUCAGAUUUACGGUUGGGGAACCAAGCACUCACUGUUGCUACGAACUUUGAAAAGGUAUUCCCAGUCACCGAUAGGAUCUACCUUGGAAUGUCGGGUCUGGCGACAGAUGUUGUGACAUUACGAGAGCAGUUCCGAUUCAGAGUGAAUAUGUACACGAUCAAGGAGGAGCGCGAUAUCGAGCCCGAGGCCUUCGCACACCUCGUCUCGUCGACACUAUACGAGAGGCGUUUCGGCCCGUACUUCAUUGAGCCUGUGAUGGCGGGACUUUGGAAAACGCAGAAGGGCGAGCACAAGCCGUACAUCGCCGCCGCGGACCUGAUCGGCUGUCUGAACUUUGCUAAGGAUUUCGUGGUAGCAGGGACGGCGAGCGAGAAGCUUUUCGGUGUAGCGGAGGGACUCUGGGAGCCAGACCUGGAGCCGGAGGAUCUGUUUGAGACGAUCUCGCAAACACUGCUCAAUGGUGUGGAUCGGGACGCUUUUUCAGGCUGGGGGGCUAUCAUUCAUGUAAUUACGCCUGACAAGGUUAUCACGCGCACGUUGAAAGGACGGAUGGACUAGACCGUCAUGUAUGUAUAUUAUAGCACUGACCGCUUCUCUCUCUGCAUUUCCGCUCGGGCUCUAUCAACACUGUCUGAGAGAAUGAGUGGAUUAGCGAUGUC